UUAUGUUUAUUCAAUGACAGCGAAACAAACAGAUUUUUGUGUUGUGUUGUAGUUUGCAACAGCUUUUGGCGUAUUUAAAAUGAAUCGCACGGAUGUUUCCUGCGUAAAGUGGGAGGACUUCAAUGAUCACAUGUUCUCCACCUUCCUGGACGUGUAUUUAAAUGCCCUGUAUACGGAUGUGAAUCUGGUGCUAGCAGAUGGAGGUCAGCUCACGGCCAGCAGAAUGGUAUUGUCGAUGGCUUCUAAGUUUUUCGAGGAUAUAUUCAGUACCGCCUUCACUGCGAUGCCUUUCUGCGGAGGCGAUGGAUUGCAGGAUGUUAACAUCAUGAUUCCGGAUGUAAACUGCGGAAUCAUGAAAAAUGUGUUGAACUUUAUCUACACCGGAGAAGUGCAAAUGAAUGCGAGAGAAAUGUCGGACUUCUUCGAAGCAUGCAAGUUGUUUCAACUGAAGGGACUAGACUAUCAGAAUGGCAAUAUCACUGGUGUUAAAAUUAGUGGGUCCAACAUUAUAACUCCGGUACAGUUUGAAUACGAUGAUCUGCAUGAUACGUACGUGGAAGGUUCGUCCGAUGGCGCGGGAGAAUCUGAAGUGAGUAUCAUCGACGCUGGGACAAGUUUGGAUGUAGUCGAGGAUACAACAUUUCAGCAGAUUGAUGAGGCGAAAAAUGACCUGGGAACUGAACAAAUUAAUCAGUAUUACGAGGUUGAAAUUGAUUUGCCAGAAUUGGAUACAAAAUCUUUACCACAAACAAUGAUCGAAACAAAAGAAGAACCGAAGACAGAUCAUAUUCAGACGAUUCCUUCCGAUGUUGAUAUCAGCAUGAAUGAAAGUGGCGAAUCGUCCGGUCAAUCGAAAAAGCGAGCUAAAAACAUUGAAUAUGGAGCUCGCUUGGACGAAGCGAUAAACACAAUUAUCCAGGGAGGUGCCAGUUUCCGAACAGCUUCAAUUCAGUACGGUAUUCCAAAAACCGUUCUCUGGCGAAAAGCAGUAAAAGCACCAAAUUAUAAAGCUGAACGUCUUGAAUUGCCUUCACCGCGAAAGGAAGCCAUUGAAGCAUUAAAAUCAGGCGAAAAACUCCUGAAUAUCAGCAAACGCUUCGAUAUCCCACUGUCCACAUUGCAUCGUGACAAACUAAAACUAUACAGUGAAGGGACGCUUCCGGAGAAUGUUUCGUUGAAGCAACGGGACAAGGGUUUAGAUUUCAAGCAACGUGUCUUGGAAGCGGCCCAGCAAUGUUUGUCUGGUUACAUGUCCCAAUCGGAAGCUUCCAAACUCUACAAACUACCGAAGACUACAAUCUGGAGGCGUAUCAAAGCCCUGCGGAGAGAAGUUGGUUCGAAAGAUGGUGCCACGGGGGAAGCAGGUUCAACGGAAAUCGAUAUGAAAUCCGAACUUAUAGAAACACUAGAGGACAAUGACGAAGACGCGGAGGAGGAACAUCUCGAUUCGGAAUACGUGGUUUUAGUCUGAUAGUAGCAGGGAAAUCUACUAUUUUACACAA